GAGCUGCGAAGAACAGUAUGGGUUUUGGUGGAUAAUUUCCCUUCCAGUCCCGAUUGGCCUGAAUCGGGCUUCGGCCCAUUCAAAUGUUGGGCCCAGAUGUACUCGCUUCAGAACCGCGAAACCCUUCAAAAUAACAGAGAAACGUGAAAGGGAAGGUCGAGUUCAGUUUCUGCCCUCCGUCUUUAUCCCUCCGGCGACGGUGAAUCGUUCGCCGUUGAUUCCAUCUCAAUGACUCUCCACUCCCGGUUCGCCGUACAAGAUGAAGCGGUCAAGGCUACGUCGAGGCGACCGGAAAUUCCUUCUGAUUCCAUCCAGUCCGGCGUCAUCUCCGGUAAAUCUAAAUCUAGUUCGGUAUUUCAUUGAUUUGUGUAAAUUCGGAUGACAGAAAUGACGGGGAAGAACCACCUUCUUCGUUCUUCGUUACAGCUUCUCCAGCGUACAGAAAUGGUUUGGGAGGCAGCUGCAGAGGCUUGAAAAUUUGGGGUUUGAUCCCAGAAAUUCUCUUCUCUUCUGUCCUGUUCUGUUAUGUGGAACCAUAGUUUUCCAACCUGCCCAAUAGGUACGUAGACUUGGCCUCAAAUUGACCCACCUCCAGACUUGUGAUGUUUACAACUCUUUGUUGCCAAGUCCGUAAGUUUUGUUUUUCUAUUGGAACAGGCGUACAGAAAUGAUUGAUAGAGAAUUUUAAUGGAAGUGUUAGCAUAGUUCAUAAUACAGUCUUUUAUGUGGCUAGAACUCGUUUGAAUUUUCAAAAGGAGGAGAAGAAAGAAAGAAGUUUCAGAGAAAAAUACAUGAAAGAUAGACCCCAUACAAAUGCAAAAACGUUAUACUUAGAAAGGCAAGGUGCUGGUGAAGUUUGUGCACUGCCUAAUUUUACAGAAGGAACAGAAACGUACUGUAGAGUAAAAGAAGAAGAAAAGAAAUGAAGUUCCAAUUGGAAACGUGUCUAUGCUACUUGUUUUGGCUCAUUUUCAUUUUACUACUGCAGGCAGAGGCAAACCAUGGAGCAGCAGCAGUAGCUGCAAAUGUAACGCAUGAUUCCUGCAGGACCACGGCAAGCUGUGGAAGUGGCUCAGCCGCCGUUGACGUCAGGUUCCCAUUCACCAUCAGGGGCAUGCUAUCUUCUGGGUACGAAGGAUUUCCUGGGUUCGAGCUUUCUUGCAGUACUGAAACCAACCAGACACUGCUCUAUCUCCCCAAUUCCGCCAACUUCACCGUUCAGAGAAUCGAUUACAAAUCUCAGCUGAUUUAUUUGGGAAGCCCAGAUGGGUGCCUCCCAAGACAACUCCGACACCUGGAUCUCUCUACAACUCCGUUCAAAAUACCGAGCUCGAGCUAUACUAAUUUCAGCUUUCUCAACUGUUCCGAGGUCAUCACAGGUUCUCCGCCGAUAUCUUGCCUAGGCCCAACAGUCUACGCCUACAGUUCGGGCGCCUCCUUGUAUGAUGUUGAUUUGGUGUCUUGUAAGAAGAUGUAUGCACUUCCGUGGUCAAACGAUGAUGAGUACGUUAAUAUCUUUUUGUUGAGCUGGUCUAAUCCAAGAUGCAGCAGAUGUUACAAGGCUAAGGGGGAAUGUUGCUUGCUGAAGAAGCAGGCCAGCCACAAACCUGAAGUUGAGUGUUCAGGAGAUGCCCAUCGCAAUAAAGUUUCGUCUUUGAAGAAGGUACUCAUUCCUGGAGUGACUCUGGGUGCAAUCUCCAUUGUGGCAUUGCUCAUUGCGCUCUACCGUGCUUAUAGGUUUGAUCGUCAAGAGAAGGAGUAUAGGUUAAACAUGGAGGAGUUUUUGGAUGAUUACAAGGCUCUCAAGCCUACGCGAUUCUCUUAUGCUGACAUCAAAAGAAUAACCAACCAGUUCAAUGACGAAUUGGGUCGAGGAGCUCAUGGGACAGUAUUCAAAGGCAAACUGUCUAGUGAAAUCCAAGUAGCUGUCAAGGUCCUGGACAACAACGUCAUCACCACCAAAGGAAAUGAACAGGACUUUGUAAAUGAAGUGGGAGCAAUGGCUGGAAUCCACCAUGUUAAUGUGCUUAGAUUGGUUGGAUUCUGCGCAGAUGGGUUCAGAAGAGCUCUGGUAUAUGAGUACUUACCAAAUGAUUCACUCCAGAAGUACAUCUCUUACCAGGGAAACGAACAACAUUCCAGCCUUGGGUGGAAGAAACUCCAAGAGAUCGCCAUUGGAAUAGCCAAAGGGAUAGAGUAUCUUCACCAAGGAUGUCACCAGAGAAUCCUGCAUUUCGACAUCAAGCCUCACAACAUUCUCCUCGACCAAGACUUCAACCCAAAGAUCUCUGAUUUCGGUCUAGCCAAGCUGUGUGCAAAGGACCAAAGUGCCAUAUCCAUGACGGCAGCCAGAGGGACCAUUGGCUACAUUGCUCCAGAAGUGUUCUCGAGGAAUUUUGGGAGUGUGUCAUACAAGGCUGAUGUGUACAGCUUCAGGAUGUUGCUGUUGGAAAUCGUCGGAGGAAGGAAAAAUGUCGAUGUCACUUCAGCAGAUGGCGUCAAUCAGAUAUACUUCCCGGAGUGGAUAUAUAGCCUUUUCAGCGAAUCCGGGGAAGAUGUAAGGUUUGAUGUUGAGGAGGUGGAGGAGGAGGAAAAAGAAUACGGCAAGAUUAGGAAGAAGUUGGCUAUAGUGGGUCUCUGGUGCAUUCAGUGGAACCCAGUAGAUCGACCUCCAAUGAAGUUUGUGGUGCAAAUGCUGGAAGGGGAAGGUGACAAUUUAACACCACCUCCUAAUCCCGUUAGCUCCAAUAUUGGUGGUGUGGCAAGAAUGGGAAAGCCGCGACCACUGCGAGAGUUAGAGAUCAUACCAGAAACGGAAUAAAAAUACUUCCCAAACUGGUGAUUUACCGAAUACGUGUGUAGUAAGAGUGUGUGUUGCCAAUACACAUGCGAGGUUAGAUUCUUUGGGGCUCCUAUAUUCCACUAGUGCUUGCCUGCAAAUGCUUUCAUCUCUUGCAAGGCUGUUUUUACUGUGUUCCUGUUGGAGUUAAGUCUCUUGUGAGUUUGUGAGCCGGUUGAUUUGGUCUUUGUAUUGAUUGGGCUUCUGGGGAAGUCAUAGAAAAUGUAUCUUGACCAUUUCUUGGGGACAAAAGCUUUCUAGAACGACUCAUGAAGUCUGACAUGGGUUGUCAAUAUAAUACUCGUGGACAGUUUGAACAAAAGAAAAUACCUGGC